AUGGUGGACAGCAUGCUCACAUGCCCCGCUGACAGCAUUAAGUCGACUUCAAUAUCGGCUCACAUUUCCACCCCGUCACCCACCCACGGUCUUGCCUCUCGCAGAAUGGUGGACAGCACGCUCACAUGCCCCACUGACGGCACCAACUGCUCCUCCCAGCUCAAGACGCUGGGCUCUGGACCUUAUCCCAACGACUUUUGCGGCCGCAUCUGCCCCUCCUUCUGCCUCACAUGCAUCGCCCCUCCAUAUGACACAGGGGGGAGUUCAGGGGGUGGUACAGGAGGGGGUUGGGAGGCGGGCUGGGAGGAGGGGGGCUGGGAGGAGGGGGGUUGGGAGGAGGGGGGUUGGGAGGGAUGCUUGGUGGGAGCUCAGUCGCUCCGUCCCAUUGCUCCCGUCUCCCUCUUUUGUUGCUCCCGCCUCUCCAUCCUGUGCCUCCCGCCGCUCUCAUUCCCGUCACUCCAACCGCUCCCUUCCGUUGCUCCCGUCUCUCCCUCUCGUCGCUCCCGCCUCUCCCUCCCGUCCCUCCAGCCGCUCCCUCCCGUCGCGUCGCUCCCACCUCUCCCUCCCAUCGCGUCGCUCCCACCUCUCCCUCCCAUCGCUCUCACCUCUCCCUCCCAUCGCUCCCACCUCUCCCUCUCAUCGCUCUUGCCUCUCCCUCGCUUCUCUCUCGACACUCCUAUCCUCCCUAUCCCCUUGCCUGUCACUCCUUACUAG